AUGGCUGCCUGUCCGCGUGAUACCGCCAAAGGAAUCACCAAGCCGCGUCGUCGCCAGAACCACUGUUGCGACCAAUGUCGCCGCAGCAAGCGAGCCUGUGAUGCGACCGGCCUCGGCACCGCAGAAGUCUGUUCCAAUUGCGCAAGGACCGGGAAGGUCUGCACUUUUGAGAAGCUCAGGCGUACGGUAACUCAACUAGGCUCAAGCCAGAGCAUUAAGGAGUCUUCGCCGUGGAAAAGCCCACUAAACAAUCAUGCCACCUCUGAUAGGCGGCCAACAUCAGCCCAAAUGCCCGGCUUCUCUCCCAAGGUCUUGUACAUCUCAGAACAGCCCUGCUGUGAUCAGAUAUUGUCUUGCCCGAACGAAGAUCUUUUUGAGGUCCCUUCCUAUUUCACAGCACCGAAUCACGAAGCUGCCAGUAAGGAAGUGCGUCGUGCAUCUGAAACGAGCACCUCGUGGGCCCCUCCAGCUCUUCCAACGCCGGCCGACAGCGGCCAGGGGCAACUCUAUGACACAUCGACUCUAGAUGCUGCGUCAGUCCUGAACGCCGCGGAUCUGGCUCACUUCGAUCUGUCCGAACAAGAUUUCGAAGAGACGGACAGCAUUUUCUCCAUGGGUGGUGCAAUGCACAACGACGACGGCAUAGAUCGCCUACCAGGAAACACGCCAGGCUCCGAAUGUCAUUCGUCCCGUCGGUCAUCUUCGUCCUUAGCGGACCCCUCAUCGGGUACCAUGCUCUACCGUCUGGCGGAGAAGACGAACAAGUCCUUGAUUGUGGAUAGUUUGACACGCAUAUAUCACGACACCAUGGAGAAUGCCCUGUCCUGCUGGCUGACAGAACGCACGUGUCCGUAUACUUACGAAGGUAUAGUCGAUCACCCGACCCCAGUCAGUUACAAUAUGGACGGAGAGGCAACGACGGCAUGGAAAACUCCAUUGAUCUCACGCAUCUGUCAGUUGGAUCGACCAGACUCCAUACUUCGUGAACGACCCUUGACCCCACGAGAGAAUCAAGCGGCAUCUCGUGCUCUCAAGGCUACCAUAAUGGCAUUUUCAGCCCAGUGGGCGCCGAGCACGAGUGAUCGAAUAAGCAUGACUAAUUCACUCGAUGGUACCACCAGUACUAUCAAUGACUACGCACAACGCUCGCCUACUUUCAAUCGAUCGCUCCAGCAUCGCUUGUGGAAUGAUGCGCACCGCCUCUUGCAGGAGACAGCCGGGCUUGACUCAUUUAGGGUCAUGUUCGCGCAGCUAGUGUUCUCCUUCACUCAGAAACCCCUUCCCUGCGAGGAUCAUGCAAGGAUUCGGAGGCUCCGUGCUAAGCGAGGAAGCGGUAUUUACUCCAGUCUAAAUGGUGGUGGGAUACAAAACGUCGAAGGCGACUUGGUUGUCGGAAUCACUGCAAAUUCUGCAAAGCAGGUGCAUGGCCCUCGAGACUCGGGCGAGCUCGAAGAGCUUCAGGAGCUGCUAGAUCUCCAGGGCCCCCCAAUUUAUCUUGAAAACGCGCUGAUGAGGCUCUCUGACAAAAGGGUAAGGUUGGAGCAACUCGGUGCCGGAUCACGAGCAGAGCUGGCACAUCCGGUGUCCAUCACGGACCGUAAAUCGUUCAACCUUCUGUUUUGGCUGGUGAUGAUGUGCGACACACUUGUUGCUGCUCUCCAGGGACGUUCAUUUGUGGUCUCGGACGAGGAUUCGCUCAUCCUGCGAGCCGAGGAUCCAAACCAGCCUCCUAGCUCGGUAUCUUUGGGCCUGUGCGAGGCAGAACAAUCCGUUGCUGCUUGGCCUUCUCCCCCAUUACCAGAUAAUGAUGGCCUCGAGACGACACCGUGGGGCUCGUUCUUUCUGGAGAGAGACAAGCUGACCAAAUUGAGAAUCAGCUCACCAUGGCCCUUCUCGACAGAGUAUGCGAGUGACCUCCUAAAUGACGCAACUCCCAUCAAGGUUCUUCUAUACCGCAAAGUGAAACGGCUGCGGAAUCUUCUAUUCAAAAGAGCUACAGCCAGGAGAGUCGAGGCAGGCAUCGUUGAAGCCUUGACCGUCUAUGAGCACUGGAACGCAACCUACGGCGACUUGAUGCUCAGGUGUUUGAAGCACCAUGACGAGCUUUCCCCCCGCAUCCAGUCUUGGUAUACAAUCCUCCUAGGUCACUGGCACCUUGGAGCGUUCCUGCUUUCCGAUUGUCUAGAGCAGAUUGAUCAACAUCACAAGGGAGACACCCUCUACGGCGAACUGCGACAGUCGUGCCGACUUGUCUUUGAGAUCAGGAAGACUAGCGCAUUUCAGGUGGCGGAGCUCUGUCGAGUUGGAAGACCUCGUCAUGAUUCCAGCUUUCACCAGUCUCGCGACUUCCAUACCACCCUCAGCGACGGGGCUAUCCUGACCGAGCCGUGGACGGAGAUCUUGAUUCGCUGUUUCGCAAGGAGCGCGGAUAGAUUCCUGAGGUGGCUUAGCGACUGCCAAUCGGGGCCCCUUCCUCCCUGGGUUGGACCGGAUGAUGGCGAAACCCUCUACAAGCAUUGCGUCAAUUGCAUCGGAGGGCUUUUCGAUCUCGGCCGCAAGUCAGACAUGGCAUAUCUUGCCGCACUGUCGUUCUCUGCUCGACUGCAGGAGAUCCCGAGCCCUUUGCGACAGGGUUGUCCAACGUGGAGCUGA